AUGGCUUCCAGAUCGUCUCUCCUAGAGGAGGAUCUCUCCUGUCCUGUGUGCUAUGGCAUCUUCAAGGAUCCUGUGCGCCUGUCGUGUAGCCACAGCUUCUGUAAAGCCUGUCUGCAGGAAUACUGGAAAGGAAAGGAAACUCGGGAAUGUCCAGUUUGUAGCAGAUCAUCAAAACACGAGCCUCCAUGUAACCUGGUUUUAAAGAACCUGUGUGAGGCCUUACAGGAGAGGAGUCAAAGAGCUUCAGCAGGGUCUGAGGUGCUCUGUAGUCUGCACAGCGAGAAACUCAAGCUCUUCUGUCUGGAGGAUAAACAGCCUGUCUGUUUUGUGUGUCAGACUUCCAGAAAACACAAAAACUACACCUUCUGUCCCAUAGAUGAAGCUGCACAGGAUUAUACAGUGAGAAAGUAACUGUGAGGACAUACCUAAUCAUUCAGAAUGAGGGUAUAGUGUAUAUAAUACAGAUAUAUAAGGAACUAAUAUAUGGACCUAUAUGAGGAUAUAUAAGGAACUAAUAGAUGGACCUAUAAGGACCUAUAUGAGGAUAUAUAAGGAACUAAUAUAUGGACCUAUAUGAGGAUAUAUAAGGACCUAUAGAAUCUGGUAUACUUAUCUACAAACUGGGUGUGUUAGAAAUGAAACUCACGUGAUCUGGCACCUAUAGUCAGUGGUGGUUCAGCCUGCUUUGCAAGUUUCUUAUUGUGUGGAUUUAAGUAAAAACAUAAAAGAGCUAAAUCAGUGUCAGAAUAGUAAACAAAUGCCACUUGAAUCGAUGAAAUAAAUCACCUGAUCCGAAGUUGUAAAAUGUAACCCUGCUACUCCACACCAUCCAGAUACAGACCAGGGGUGCACUACACCUGUCUUGGAAGGCUAUUGACUACCUAGGUAGCCUAUUGAUUACAUUAAUUAAUCAGUGUCAUGCAGAAACAAAAUCGGAACGACUAACAUCCUUGUGGAUUAAAGAGUGUUAUGCACCCCUGACAUUGACACUGUGUUAUUUCGUUGCAGGAGGAACUCAAGAUUGCACUGAAACCCUUACAAUAGAAGCUAAAGAUCUUUAACGUAGUUAAAGUAACGUGAUCGAACAGCUGACCACAUUAAGGUAAGAAUACUGAGUGCUGCUAGUAUGCAAUAUUUUGUAUAUAUUUAAUUCACCAACAGUUACCCACAUAUUCCUCUCACUGUAUCCAGAGCCAGGUUAAGAAGGAGUUUGAGAAGCUUCACCAGUUUCUACGAGAGGAAGAGGCAGCCAGGAUAGCUGCUCUGAAGGAGGAAGAGGAGCAGAAGAGUCAGAUGAUGAAGAAGAAGAAGAUUGAGGAGAUGAGCAGAGAGAUAUCAUGCCUUUCAGACACAAUCAGAGAGGAGGAGCUGGGAGCUGAAGAUAUCUCAUUUCUACAGGUAAGAACCAACAUAUUUGUCCUUUGUAGACAUUAUUUUAUGAUAAAUUGAUGGAUAACAUUGACAACCUUCUAUCCUUCUGCAGAACUACACAGCCACGGUGGUUCUGAAUCUGAACCCUCACAACAGCACUGACUCUUCAAUGUUCUUCCAGAGCCAAGUGCACACUGCCAGAUCCACAGCUGGUCUUAGGAGCACUGAUAGAUGUGGCCAAACACCUAGGCAACCUGAAGUUCAGAGUCUGGGAGAAGAUGCAGGAAAUUGUUCAGUACAGUGAGUAUUGUGUUAUGAUUAUACAAAGAAUCAUGAAGAAAAUGGCUUAUUAUAUAUUUGUACCUAAGAAACAAACAGAACUAGAUAGUAAUAAUAAUAAUAAUAAUAAUAUGCCAUUUAGCAGACGCUUUUAUCCAAAGCGACUUACAGUCAUGCGUGCAUACAUUUUUUGUGUAUGGGUGGUCCCGGGGAUCGAACCCACUACCUUGGCGUUACAAGCGCCGUGCUCUACCAGCUGAGCUACAGAGGACCAUGGAUAUGCACAUUUAUAAUUGUAUUGAAAAUUAUGCAAUGUAUUAUAUUGAUCAUAGUAUAAAAGUAGUGUUGUUAAAAAAAAUAAACAUCAUAUGAAAUGUCCUUGUUUUAGUCAUACUAUAUGUUUCCUGUUCUAUCUCUUUAGGUCCUGUCAUUCUGGACCACAACACUGGUCACCCAGGUCUCCUCCUCUCUGAUGAUCUGACCAGUGUGAGACACAUUGGAGAGACACAGCAGUUUCCUGACAACCCAGAGAGGUUUGAUAAAUCUAACGUCCUGGUCUCAGAGGGCACACAGCUGGGACAUUGAGGUUGCAGAUAGUACAUUCUUUGUUGUAGUUGUGGCCCCAGAGUCUUUCUCCAGGAAAGGACAUGGUCACUGGGUUAGAAUGUGUGGAAUACAGUGGUGUGAUACUAGAUACAUACCAUAUUUUUCACCCACCCUAUUCACACUGAGGUUCAGAGUACAACUGGACAGGGACAGAGGAAACUGUCAUUCUCUGAACCUGAUAACAACACACACCUACACACAUCAACACACACUGGAGACAGACUCACUGAGAGAGUCUUUCCGUUCUACUUUAAUUGUUCUACUUUCUCACAUUCACUAA